UCAACAUGUCACCAAAUGCUCAGUCCAGCUUCACUGCCAAAGUCUUCUCAGCAAACUCCAACAGCAAAACAUUGAGUCCUGUUAAAUCGUCAUUUGGUGAGAAGUUUCCUGAGGUCACUGCAGCGUCUCCAUCUACCAAUGGCAUCUCAUCUUCAUCUUCAUCAUCAUCCUCAUCUUCAUCAGCCAGCCACUUCCACUUCAAGCAGUGUGAAGAGUUCUGCUGUCAUGACUCCUGUAAAUCAGACAGUGAAUACCCAGAGCAGCAGUGUGAAGAGUUCUGUUGUCACGACUCCUGUAAAUCAGACAGUGAAUACCCAGAGCAGGACGAGCAUCACUAACACUAAAACAUCAGUUCUGGAGGACUGGACUCCUGCCAAACCUGCAGACAAGCCCUCAGUGAGCCUGAAGACCAGUGAUGUGAGUUAUUCUCCCACACGCUCAUCUCCAUCAGCCGUGACUGUGAACACACGCUACAGCUACCGGAGCGACAGUGCUCCACUGGAUGAGCUCUCUGAUUCGCUGCUGUCUGGAAGUGUGUACUCGCAACCUGUCCGAUCACAGAGUGAAAGUGUGUCUGUCUCUCCACGUGUGUCCACUUCCUCAUCAUCCUCUGCGCAGACGAGCAUCACUAACACUAAAUCAUCAGUUCUGGAGGACUGGACUCCUGCCAAACCUGCAGACAAGCCCUCAGUGAGCCUGAAGACCAGUGAUGUGAGUUAUUCUCCCACACGCUCAUCUCCAUCAGCCGUGACUGUGAACACACGCUACAGCUACCGGAGCGACAGUGCUCCACUGGAUGAGCUCUCUGAUUCGCUGCUGUCUGGAAGUGUGUACUCGCAACCUGUCCGAUCACAAACUCAAACCAGGAGCGUUUAUUCAGAGUUCCCGGCUGAUUCUGCCUCUCUCAGCUCUUCUCUGGAGUCCAGCAGACACACACACACACACACACACACACACACAUAUGCAGACCACAGUUCAACAGCAGAUAUUAUCAGGAAAUGUUCACAUAUAUGAGUUGUGAAAGUGUGUUGUGGAAGGGUUUACAGCAUUAAUAUUGUCUUGAUUACUUCUCUUCAAUAAUCUCUCAUGUAUAAAGCUCUGAUCAAUCAUCAUGAUGUGCACAGUUACACCGCCUGCUCUGCUCUGCUCUGCUCUGCUCAGUGUAGUGACGAGUGUAACGCCUGAUCAUCACAUAAUAAACUAUACUCUGAUCCUGCCG